AUGCAAUCAAGAUCAAUAGUUUUAUUGGCAUCUUCUUCAUUGCCUAGAGUGGUAGCCUCAAAAUGUCACUACAACAACAACUACAAGUUAGCAACAACAUUGUCAAAAGGUAGCCACUCUAUAUUGAUUUCAAAUGAUUCUAAUAUAUUAAGACAGCAACUACAUUAUAGUUCAUCUAAUACAACAACUACUACCACUGUUAAAAAUAAUGCCAGUACUUCAAGCACAAACAGCUUUGCUAAUAGCAAUUCAAUGCUUAAUCAAACUGGUACUAUUGGUAAUGAGUUGAAUCAUCGGAAUAAUAAUAAUACAUCAGCAACAACAUCGACAACAACAACAUCAUCAUCACAGAUACAAAACAACUCUCUAAAACUAUCAAGUAUACCUUCGAGAAUCAAUUAUCAGAUAUUACGUGAAAACAACAAUCCCAGCGGAAUCAAUCAUCAAGAGGGUAGUAGAACACGAUUCAAAUGGGAUGGACAACCUAAAACUGUUUUAAUAGUAAAGAAACAUAAAGAUAAACGUAUUACUUUAUGGUUAAAUACAAUUGCUACGUAUGUUUAA